UUCCUAAUCGGGCAUGGCGUUGACGACAAUCACUUACAGCUGAAUGCCCCGCUGGUGCCAGUACUCUCAUACAGAAUGGUUUCAAAGGCGAAGUCUAAACAAGAGGAGGCUCUUCAGUUUCUCGAUGAUCUCGAUUCUCUCAAUCCUCCCAAUGUUGCCGCUCCUACUAGCAAAGGGGCACAGCAAGACGGAGAUCCUGCUGACGUGCUGGCUUUCAUCGAUGAGAUCACGCAAAAGUCCUCAGAACCCACCCGAAUAGCGGCGCCGCCAACGGAGCGUCCCAUCUCUCGUGCUGGCACACCUUCACUGCGCAAGAGCACCGAACGUGUCAAAGUUGGUGUCCACCCCGUCUCUUCGUCUUCUUCGUUGUCUGGUAAAUCUGAGUCGGCGUCACCCGGACCAUCAGUGCCAAGCAAGUCCGAGGCACCAGAUACCACCGCUUCCAGUUCUUCUGGUCGAUGGGGAUGGUCAGGCGUGUGGUCGAGUGCAUCCGCUGCUUACCAGCAGGCGAGGUCUGUUGUGGACGAGCAGGUGAAGAGUUUACCGAAGAACGACCAAGUAAGCAAAUGGAGUGAAGGCGUCCUUGAGUAUGCAAAGAAUGCUCAGUUGGACAAACUUGGUCAGGAUUUCAAAAGAGUGGGAUUGUCUACUCUGAACGAAAUUUUAAAUGCUGUUGCUCCCCCCAUUUCCGAACACGAAGUUAUUCAAGUAUGGCUCAGUCACGACAUGAAAGGCUAUGAUGGUGUAGAGGGUCUUGUGUACAAGGCGUUAACGAGAGUCAUGGAGCAAGUGGAGGGUGGAGACCUGAUAGUCAACAGGGGCAACGAAUCUCGGCCAAAGGAUACUUCAGACUCGCGAGAUAUCAACGCCGUGGAAGGCUAUGAAGCCGCCCUCAAACUUGCCCAGGCAAAUUUGGAUCAACUUACCAAAGAUAAUUCCAAAUUAGAGCGGAAGGCGUCAUCAGCCGAAAACCCUGUCACCUAUUCCACCAUCUACCUGCGCAUUCAACCUUUCAACACCGUGCUGACGCUCCCUCAGAUUAGUGACGACACUACCUCUAAGACAUCUUAUUUGCAGUUCGUUUUGCACUUAUCGGACCCUGACCAUAACCUCGUGCACACUACGGUAACUCAGGCAGUACCAACCGCCUGGCUAGAGCUAUGGGAUCGGUAUGACUGGGUGGAAGACUCCGUUGCAGAGUGCCUGAGGGUCGCUGUGGAAAUCCUCGGCCAGGACUACAUUGUAGCGAGAAUGGGCUGGGCGAAGAGAGAAGAUCAGCAGAAAGAAUGAGGAAUAGCCACGUGAGCAUAUCUGCACGACGAUUGUAUGUUGGAACUGCAUGACUGCAACAACCCUGAGAUG